UCGUCUGCGGGUACUGCAAGCAAACUUAGAAGGACUCUAGCUAGUUUAGCCGGCAGUGAAUCUCACCGUUUUUGAGCCGACACGUAAAAAAAAUGCAGGUCCUACUCGGAAUAAGUUUUUUACUACUUGUUCAGAUUGUUGUCGUUACUGGGCAGCAGUGCUCCGAAGAGGGAGUGGUGAGGUUGGCGGAUGGCGUGAAUGUGGACGGAGUGAGAGUUAGCGGCAGAGUGGAGAUCUGCAUCAACCAACAGUGGGGCACGGUGUGUGACGACGACUGGGACGUUGCGGAGGCCCGCGUCGCCUGCUCACAACUGGGUGCUUUCGACUUCGCUAUUGCUUUAACCGAAUACGGCGGUGGAUCUGGUCGAAUUCAUUAUUUUUCUUGUGCUGGGAAUGAAAAUGGUCUUCUGAACUGUUCGAGCGAUCUAGAUGUUGAUUACUGCUACCACAUUGAAGAUGUUGGAGUUUUGUGUUAUAAUGCGGAGUGUAAUGAGACUGAUAUUAGACUGGUUGAUGGCAGGACUCCUAAUGAUGGACGGGUGGAGAUAUGUUUUGAGGGGGUGUGGGGAUCUGUGUGUGACGACAGUUGGGAUGAAAGAGAUGCAGAAGUGCUGUGUAGACAAUUGGGGUAUGAUGGAAGGCCUAUUGCGCUGAUGAGCCACCCAGUUUUGUCUAAUUACCCACUGCUAUAUCACUUGGAUGAUAUUGACUGCACUGGAAGCGAAGACAUGUUGAGUGAUUGUGCACAUGGCGGAAUUGGUGUUCACAAUUGUAUGGAAAUGGCAGAAGAAGCUGGAGUUACAUGCAGUGAGUGCAACGAGACUGAUGUAAGACUGGUUGAUGGUGUGACUUCUGACGACGGACGAGUUGAGAUAUGUUUCAAUGGGCUGUGGGGCUCAGUAUGUGACAACAGUUGGGACUACAGAGAUGCUAGAGUUGUUUGUCAGCAAAUGGGGUACAAUGGAACGUCUGUCGCACUGUCAAGUCAUCGCGUGUUAACAGACGAGUCGCUGUUCUAUUAUCUUGAUGAUGUUGACUGCAAUGUGAACGCAAACUUACUGAGUGAAUGCGGCAUAGAGGAGUUGGUAUUCAUAACUGUGGUGUGGGGUAUGAAGAAGCUGGAGUUAUAUGCAGCAACGCCGUUGAUUGCAAUGAAACUGAUGUUAGGCUGGUUGCGGGUACAACCCCCUAUGAUGGACUGGUUGAGAUUUGUCUCUAUGGGCUGUGGGGCUCAGUGUGUGACACCAGAUGGGACUACAGGGACGCUGGAGUUGUGUGCCGACAGCUGGGAUAUGAUGGACCCUCACAUCCUUUGCUAAGCCACGAUGGCAGUAGAGAACUGCUGUAUCAUCUGGAUGAUGUCCACUGUGAGGGAACUGAGAGCAGUCUCAGUGACUGCAGUCACAGAGGUAUUGGGGUGUAUUACUGCUCCCUGUAAGAAGCAGCUGGAGUCGUAUGUAGCUACCAAUGUAACAUGUAUUGACGGGACAGUCCACCUGGUUGGAGGUGAUGAUGUAUCACAAGGGAGAGUGACGUACUGCUAUAAUGGAACCUGGUACUCUGUCUGCGCCAGUGACUGGGAUACCACAGGAGAGGAGGCAAGAGUUGUCUGCGAAACCAUCAGCUAUGAUACAUCUUACUAUGCUUCAGUCGUUGUCAACUAUGGUCGAGGGACUAAUCCCAUCCUCCCACUGAGUAUUCAAUGUGCCAGUGGUACCAGUACAUUCAGUGACUGCUCUACAACUCAGCUUGAUGUUAAUCAGUGUUCACAUGCUGCUGGAGUGGACUGCUUCGCGAUUUGUACGACAGUUGGUCUUACUGACUGCAGCCAAUGCAGCGGUGAAUCCUGCACCAGCUAUUAUGGCUGUCGCUGUGGCUCUGACUGCUUCUUUUUAUGGCGAAUGCUGCCCCGACAUCUCAGUGACAAAGAAUUGCUUUGUGGAAGAGUGUGAGCACGGAGCAGUUCGUCUGGUGGGUGGACUAACAGACUCCACCGGGAGACUGGAGCUCUGUGCUCUUGGGGUGUGGGGCAAAGUCUGCAAUGCUUUUGGAUAUUGGGGUCCUGACAAUGCCAGAGUGGUGUGCCGUCAACUAGGCUUCUCCAAAGAUGGUGCAUACACCCUGAAAGAUGACAUAGAGCGAUUUGGGACCAGUGGUAAAGAUGCAGUAAUAGGAGAAGUCCACUGCAUUGGAACAGAGUCAGGGCUAUUGGAAUGCUCUCACAGCAGCAUUGGGUUCCACUACUGUAGUCCCUACUAUUUGGAUUAUGACGAACCAGACAUUGUCAUCAGCUGCUAUGAUGAGGUGAGAGGCUGUGGGGAUGGAGAGGUGAGGCUGGAUGGUGGGUUUACCUCUUCCACUGGUCGAGUAGAGGUCUGCAUGGACAGAAGAUGGGGAGGAGUCUGCAGUGAUGGGUUCGAUAUGAAAGAUGCUAGAGUCGUGUGCAGUGAGCUAGACUUCAACCCAGGAGAUGGUGCAAUAAUUGAGGGGCCUGUUACCCUUGAGGCUAGUCCAGUGUUUGUUGGGAGUGUGACAUGCACGGGCUCCGAGCAGAGUUUUAGUGAAUGCAGUCACAACAGGCCACCCAGUGGAGGGUGCUCAGUUGCAGCAAUUUCUUGUGGAAUGUCAAGCUCCAAUCAGCCGAGAUGUACCGAAACUUUCCCUACUUCAGUGCCUGACAUACAGAGUUAUGGAGAGUGUUUGGUGUACAAAUCAGAAACUGCCAUAUGUGAAGGUGUAGUGAGACUUGGCAUCGAUCAUGUGUACGCCAGAUCAAGACUGGGAGACCAGAACACCAUCGCACAACUUCUCAACGAGAAUCUCAAGACAGUAGUGACUGUGAUUGCUGAUCAUAAUGAUCUCUGUGUGAAGCAGGUUUUAAGAGUUCUUUGCAAUUUCUACCUACCACCCUGUGGUAAUUCCACCCACCCUGUCCCUCCUUCCUCCAUCUGUCAAGAGGAGUGUCAUAUGGUACAGGAAAAGUGUCAGAAAACGUGGGAUGCCCUUUAUCUAGCCUUCAGGAGUGUAGCUCCAAUUCUCAACUGCAACGAUACAUCCAGUUUGCUGUUCCCUAUCCCACACUGCUGUACAGGUGCUGGACUAGGCAUCUCACCGGGGGAUCAAGACUCAUCACAGCAGGGAGACAAUGGAGGGGAUGUGGCAGGGGUUGUCAGCAGUGUUAUUGUUGUCAUUCUACUGCUUGCUGUGGCAGCUGCUGGGGCUGUUCUAUUGUUGGUGGUUUUGCCCAGGAGACAUAAGAGAAAACGAAUGGAGAGAAUGCAACUUGACAUACUAGCCCUCCCUGGAAAUGAUGCCCCGAUCCUUGCCUCAGUAACAGAGACAGCAAUGACAACCCACAACAUAGAGAUGGAACCAGGAGAGAAAGGAGCUGCUAUGGGGGCUUCCGUUGUCACAUAUAACCCUUACAGGAAGACAUACAGAGCUGGUAUACAUAGCUGCAAUUUGGUCACUAUAAUAGGUCAGCCAGUGUCUAUGAAGGCAUCUGAUGAUUCAUCGAGCUCUCUACAAGUCCCUGAGUCCAGGAACAGGGUCCCCACAUAUCACAUGAGGGAGCUAGCAAGGGGGAAGUUCCUUCUCAACAUUGAUGACAUCACUUUAUUGGACUGCAUUGGAGAAGGGGAGUUUGGAAUAGUCUACAGAGGCAGAGUUGGACUUACAAAGCGGGACGUGGCCGUGAAAACACUGAAAGGUGAUUUUGAUCAGGAUGAGGUUGACAAGUUUGUGGAGGAGAGUUUGAAGAUGGGUCGAUUCAAACAUGCUCAUGUGAUGGGUCUCAUUGGAGUCUGUCUCAAUGCUGGCUCCGCCCCUUACAUCAUCAUGCCUUAUAUGGGCAACGGGAGUCUUUUGAAGUACCUCAAGAAAGAGAGAAAGAGCAUUGUACUCUCUGAUGAAGCUGAUGAAGAUGAGGUGAAGGAGGUUCGUAAGCGGCUGAUGGUGAUGUGUUCCCAGAUAGCCAGUGGGAUGGAGUACCUGUCAGCUGACAAAUACGUCCAUAGAGACCUCGCUGCUAGGAACUGCAUGAUCGAUGCUCAUUUCAUGAUCAAGAUCGCAGACUUUGGUCUGUCGGAGGAUGUGCUUGAGAAGAACUACUUCAGACAGGGAGGUGGAAGUGGGGAGAGAGUGAAACUGCCGGUCAAGUGGAUGGCUCCAGAGAGCCUCAGUGAUGGACACUUCUCUGAGAAGAGUGACGUGUGGUCGUAUGGAGUGACAAUGUGGGAGAUAUUCAGUGGAGGGAAGGCCCCAUAUCCAGGAACUGAUCCCCACACUCUCAUACAGAGUCUUGAACAGGGCUACCGGAUGCCUCAACCUCACAACACUGUCUGCAGCGAGGAAAUAUAUGGGAUAAUGAUUGAGUGUUGGCACAUGGCUCCAGAAGACAGACCAACUUUCAAGGAGCUCUACUCUAGUGUCUCGCAGUCUAUUGAACGUGAUGCAGGCUACCUGCAGUUUGGAUUUAACCCUUUCACUGAGGGUGGGGGAGAGGGAGUGGGAGGCGAUGGGGAAGAGGGUGAAGAAGAGGGUGUUGGGAAGGGGGGAGGAGGAGAAGGGGAGGGAGAGGGGCAAGAGGAGGAAGAUGGAAAGGAAGGACAGAAGAUUGGUUCUGGUGUGUCCAUCGAGGUCAUUCCACCAUCGCUGGAUACCAAUGGAGCACAUACUCUGUUUAGUAAUUCCCACACUGACUGAAAAAAUAGAACCCUCUCUCUAUCUUUCUCGUCACUGUUUUAGCUUUUGUUUGACCAAUAGCUAUAAUCAGUGUUCACUAGCAUAGCAUCUAUUUUAUCCUUCUGUUGUCUGCAUUAUUAACUAA